AGGCUUUACAACACAAAUCCAAUUAUCAUUAUCUUUCUUCAUUGAUUAUACCCUGCACCAAACACCACCUUAUCAUCAUCAUCAUCAUCAUCUUCUUCUUAUUUAUAAACUUUUAAGCCCAGCAUUCAUUUUAGCUGCACAUCUUACCUUAGCUUUCAUAUUACACAAAGGAAAGCCUUCCUAAAACAAAUCAUGCCAAAGUUACUAGGAGAAUUUCUUCAAGAGCAACAAGAGCCAUUUGCCUUAGACAUUUACCUUUUCGAGAGAGGCUUUCGAAAUCAUCGUGCUCGAUCCUUCAAGAAGUGGGAUUCCGUCCCAAACUGCGUAGAAUUUGCUAAGGCCGCGUUUGGCAGGCUCAUCCUCCAAAACCGUUUUCACAAAGCGAAAAUAAAAAGUUAUUUCCCGGGGAAUAGAAACGGACAAGAAGACAAGCUGGGCACGAAGCAAAACAAAUUUCGUUCGGCAAGUCACAGUCUUUUUCUUGAAGCAAAAACGGCGUAUGCGAAUGGAAAUACGAAACACGAAUCGGAAACAGAGUCGGACGACAAAGCAAAUUACGACUUUAAUACAAAAACGAGAUGUGAAGAUGAAUCUUCGGCUUCAAAAAGCAAACCAAAGCGGCCAAUGUACUCAGUUGUGGGCCCAAACUCUUACGAACAGUACAUAAUAAACAAACGGGCUCUGCACGAAACAAAGCGGCUUCUGAUCGAUUGCCUGAGAGAGGUCAUUGAAAAUCAUCGGAAAAUUUUCGAGAAAAAGGGAAGACAUCAAAAUGAGCAGCAGCUUAAAAGAAUACUGGGAACAGAGGAGCUUUGGCAGCUCGUGUGUGAAAAUGUUUGGCUGUGGAGCAAAAACUCAAUACAUGAGACCAAUACACUUGUUCUGCUCAACUAUGAUUUUUUGGACUCUGAAGAAGAAUGGACUUCACUUUUUGAGCUGCAAAAAGAGGAGAUAGCCAUGGAGAUUGGUGAAGCUAUUUUGGAGGGGAUUAUAAGUGAGCUUUUCCCUCCCUCUUUCCCCCCAAAACAUUUCACUUCAAAGAGAGGAACAAAAACCCUAGUUUCGUUUACUCUGAACUUUGUUGUUUCCCUAUUUUUUCUCGACGCUUUUUCGUGGUUAAUUGAUUUGAGCAAUUGGGGCUCGAGGAAGGAGAUGGAGGAUGCGGAGCAGAACAAGCUGUUUGUUGGGGGCAUUUCUUGGGAGACGACGGAGGAUAUUCUGAAUGAGCAUUUCAACAAGUACGGCGUCGUUUCGGGCUCCGUGGUUGCUAAAGAUCGGCUUUCGGGUCAACCCAGGGGUUUCGCUUUUGUGACCUUCUCUGAAUUGUCGGCCGUUGAUCGGGCCCUUCAGGACUCCCAUCAGAUUCUUAACAGAACGGUCGGUUUGUUAUUUAUUCUACUUGUAUUGCCUCCUGUUUUCUUCUGUUUGUGUGUAUUUGUUUGCUUUUUGGUGGUGGGAGAGAGUGGUGUGGCGGCUGAGUGGUGUUUAGAUUUAGGGCUUUUGAACAUGUGUGGUGUUCCCGUUUUCUUUCCAUGCUUGUUUGUGGAAGUGAAAAGGGCUAUUCCCAGGAGGGAACAACAAAGUCAACAACAGCAUAAUAGGGGAGUGAGUAGGGACUUUAGUAGGACUAACAACAAUCAGAGCACUGACGAAUUUAGGACAAAGAAAAUUUUUGUAGGGGGUUUGUCGACUAACUUGACCGAAGACGAAUUCAGAAGUUACUUUGCAAAGUUCGGUAGAAUCACUGAUGUAGUCGUGAUGCAUGAUAACCUGACCCAUAGGCCAAGAGGCUUCGGUUUUAUAACUUUUGUCUCGGAGGACUCUGUUGAGGAGGUUAUGCAGAAGAACUUCCAUGAAUUGGCUGGAAAGCUCGUGGAGGUAAAACGAGCCGUGCCAAAAGAAGGGAGUAACAGUAAUGGCAAUGGUUAUAGCGGAAGGUUUGAUAAUAGUAGAGGCUCUAACUUUAAUUCUUAUCAGUCGGGGGAUUAUAUUAUGCCUUACAAUCCAAGAUUCGGCUAUUUUCCUGCUGGGUACACAUAUGGGCCUGGAAUGUUUGGUGGUGUUUAUCCAUCUAGUGGGUAUAAUGGAAUUGGUUAUGGGCUCUCUUUAGUGGGCCCAAGGAGUCCUUGGGCCCCUGCAAUGGUUAGGGGCAGUUUUUUGCCGUUUGCAAGUCCUACACCUGUUUUUCCUGGCUAUAUAAAUGGUGGGCCUAGUGUGAUGGGUAUAGCUCCAAAUAGACAUGGCGUGUUAUUGGGAACUGGGCUUAGUGGAAAACCGGGACAAAUGGGCUUUGGAGAUGGUCAACAUGUGGCCCAGUCGUCACCCUCUUCGAGUGGUGUGAAUAACUUAGGUAGCAAUCAUUUUGGUGUGGGUAAAGGCCUUGGAGCUGGCGUUAGCAGACAACAGGGUAAAAGAGGUAACGAUAAGCCUUACAGAGCAACUAAUUCAAGCUGACUACUUAUGCAUAUUGAUUUGUGGAUAUUGACAAUGCUAAAAAAAAUUCUCCCACUCGUGGGUUUGGGUAUCGGUUCUGAUGUAUCCUGUUUAAAUUUGUCUUUCUAAUUUUUACAACGAUUUCGUGUUUUUUUUUUCUUUUAUUGUCAGUGUUGAAGAUUUGUGGAUUCGGGAUUCAGUGAUUGUAAUAUAAUUUUUUUUUUAAUUUUAUUUUGUC